UUACCUCAUUAGACGAUAGACAGUGACUGAACAGACAUUUAUUUAAUGAAAACCUUCAGAUUCUAACUUUAAUAAAGAUUUGAUUGAGUCCAUCUGACAAUAAUACUCAGUGAUUUAAUAAACAGUCAGUUGUGCUGUUGAUUGUAGAGACACCAAAGACAACACUGUCUCUGUUAGAUGGAACAAUGGGACAUAUUUCAGAGUUCCUGCUGCUGUCUGUACAGCUGAUGUUGUGCUUUGUUGUCCUCUCAGUCUACCAGGUGGAGGUGGAUUCAGAGGUGGAGUCUGUCCUGCUGCCCUGCAAAACCACAGUUCACCUGCCUGAAGACGUCAAAGUGGAGUGGGGGGACAGUUACAAAAUGACGGUCCACGUAUAUAAGAACGGCUCUGACCAGCCUGAAGAACAGCACAUUCGUUACAGAGACCGAACAGAGAUGAAGCGAAACCUGCUGAGACCUGGAGACUUCAGUCUGACCCUGAAAUACCCCACAGAUGAAGACAGAGACACCUACACCUGCACCGUCUACAGCAGGGAGAGAGACAUCCUGAUGAAGAAACAAGUGAAGCUCUGGGUCAGAGUCUGUCAGGUGGAGGUGGAGGAGGGGGCGGAGUCUGUCCUGCUGCCCUUCAAGACCACAGAGAACCUGCCUGAGGACGCUGAGGUGAUCUGGAUCUGCGAUGAACCCAAACCCACAAAGAAGGUCCACGUGUAUCAGAACGGCUCUGACCAGCCUGACCAGCAGGACCAGGUUUACAGAGACCGAACAGAGAUGAAGGAAGACCUGCUGAGAACUGGAGACCUCAGUCUGACCCUGAAAUCCCCCACAGACAGAGACGGAGGACGAUACAGGUGCAAAGUCUACAACAUGAAUGGAGACCUCAUGAGAUGGAAAUCAGUUGUUCUCAGGGUCAAAGAGAGAAACAGGAACAGAAGCAGCUCCACUGAUCCAACUCCUCUGAUGGCCGAUCAAUCUGUUUGAUCUUUGAUCAUUGAUCCGAUCUGACUCUGGAUCAGAGAGAAAAUGGAGGUGAAGCAGCUGAUGGAGGACGGAUGAAGACAGGAGGACGCUUUGUCAGCUUCCUCUUCACUCUGACUCCUCCUACUGACUCUCACACACAGUCUACACACUCACUAUUGAUUCCUGCUGAUCAGUGAUGUCAGAGUGAGGUCAGCGUGAUGUCACAUGUUGAUUCGCUCUGGGAUCUGGACUGAAAGGUGUCCCUGUUAACUCAGGGUUUUCAUCCAGCUCUGAGUGUGUUGAUGUGAAACAGGACAACAACAUUAUCACAACCAUAAAGGGUAGAGCUUCAUCUGAGAGCUGCUGAAUAAAUAUUAGAUUUCAGAUGCUUCAGGAAGCUUUCAGCUGGCAGGGGACACAACAAGACUUUAAACCAGGACUCUGAGACUAAAUCCAGGUCGAUACAGGUUCCAGUAAGGACACUGGUCAUAGUCCACUGAAGCCAACCAGGUGUUAGUGACUGACUCUGAUAUAAUUUACUUUGUGUACUCUGUGCUUACCAGUGUUUUAGCUUUAAUGUAUCUGUUCUGUCUCAUGCAGUGUUUCUGAAAUCAGGCUUCAUUUCUCUCCAACUUGUUUCAAGAUUUAGACUUUCAGUUCAAACCAGGCUGAAACACUCUGAGCUGGUUUGAAGAGAAUCAGAAGUGUCUUUAUGAGAUGGGAGGUGUUAAAGACUGAAGAGGUUUGUCAAGCAAACCAGAGACUCUUGAAUGUCCUUCAGAACAUAAAAGCUCUCAAUAAACUUGAAAUAAAGUUGGCUGCAAAAAAAACAAACAAAAAAACAUUCUUGCGCUUUUAGUUUGGAGGCACAAAGACUUAAUAGGAAAGGAUUAUGUGAGUAACUGUA